AUAAAGGGCAAAAGAAAGGAGAGAAGCAAGAGCUGUCUCUCUCUUUCUCUCACACAACAAAUGCAGCCCUGAAACAGAGGAAACGGAGAAGAAGAGCAUUUUAAUGUCGACCCACCUCCUCUGAACUCUCGCUUUCUCUCUCCCUUUGUAAUCUGGACCCUGUCGUCCCUCCUUCCUGCUGCUCAGAAGCCAUUUGUGUCGUGUGUCUCUGCGUUGGGUUGGAAGAACCCACCAUAAAGGAUAACAGAGGAGAGCUCUUUUGUGGGUUUUCUGCAAUUUAUUGCCUCUGUUACGGCCACUUCUGAUACUCAGAUCUUCUUUUUUUUUUUUUUUUCUUUCCAAUUUCUCUUCCCAUUAUCGCAUUAUAUCUGGUUUUUUUGUUUGAGUGGAAGAGAUGAGUAAAGAAGAGUUUUUGAAGAUCCAGACUUGCGUGCUCAGAGUGAACAUUCACUGUGAUGGAUGUAAGCAGAAGGUGAAGAAACUGUUGCAGAAAAUCGAAGGGGUCUAUACCACCACUAUAGAUUCGGAACAGGGGAAGGUAACAGUUUCAGGAAAUGUUGACCCAGCAACGCUCAUAAAGAAGCUCGGGAAAGCUGGGAAACAUGCAGAGCUGUGGGGGGCUCAAAAGGGGAACAACAAGAACCAGCCCCAACCCCAGCCCCAGAACCAGUUCAAGAACAUGCAAAUUGACAAUGGCAAAGGCGGCAAAGACAACAAGUCUCAGAAGGGUGGAGGACAAAACCAACAGAAGGGUGGUCAGCCACAACUGCAACAACAGCAGCAGCUUCAACAGCAACUACAGCAACAACAGCAGCUCCAACAGCAACUACAGCAACAACAGCAGCUUCAACAGCAACUACAGCAGAUGAAAGGGUUCAAAGAUCUGAAUAUGCUUCCCCAAUUCAAGGACUUAAAGAUGCCCUUAAAGGAUCAGAAAUCUGUUAAGUUCAACUUGCCUGAGGAUGAAGAUUUUAGUGAUGGGGAUAGCUUUGAUGAUUUUGAUGACGAUGAUUUUGAUGAUGACUAUGAUUUUGAUGAUGAUUUUGAACAACCACCCCCGAACAAGAUGAAACCCAUGAUGGGUAAUGUUCAGGGAGCUAAUGUGAUGAUGAAUGGUCAGCAUCCCCAACUCAAAGCAGCCAACGGUGGUGGCGGCGGUGGUGGCAACGGAAAGAAAGGUGGUGGCGGUGAGAUUCCUGCCCAAGUGAAGGGCAUGGGUGGAAAUAACGAUGGGAAGAAUGGCGGUGGAGGAAAGAAGGGUGGCGGUGGUGGAAACAAUGGAGGCAAUCAAAAUCAAGGUGGCGGUGCCGGUGCCGGUGCCGGCAAAAAUGGUGGAGGAAAUAACCAGAAGGGUGGCAAUAAUGGGAAUGGCGGUGGAGGGAACAAUCCCGGUGGUGCCAAUGGUGGUGGUAAGAAGGGUGGAGGGAGGUGGUGGUGGUGGUGGUGGUGGCGGUGGCGGUGGCGGUGGCGGUGGCGGUGGCGGUGGCGGUGGUCAAACAAUGAACAUGAACAACAUGAUGCAGCAACCUCACCCCGCUUUCCAAUGGGAAAUAUUCCCAUGGCUCACAUGGGCAACAUUCCGGCCGUGCAAGGGCUCCCGGCGGCGGCGAUUAACGCCGGCGCUGCUGGGUACUUCCCGGGAGCGGGGCCUGAGAUGAUGGCUCACCCGUACCAACAACAACAACAACAACAACAACAACAGUACUUGGCCAUGUUGAUUAACCAGCAACGCGCCAACGGAAACGAAAGGUUCCAACCCAUGAUGUAUGCCCGGCCACCGCCGGCGGUCAACUACUUGCCUCCACCACCACCGACAGAUCCCUACACCCAUUUCUUCAGUGAUGAGAACACUAGCAGUUGCAAUGUGAUGUGAAUUGCUUCGACUUAAACUCCAUAUCUGUUAGUUUUCGUCUGCCUGAGUUGGUCUUUGUGGAGGUGAUGCAGAGUAGUGGUGCUUUUCUUCGUCCUUUCUUCUUUUUCUUCUUCUUCAACAGUUCAACAAUGGUGAUGACCAGAUAAAGUCUGAUGCAAAAUUUACAGAUGGAGACAUGGAAUGUGCUUAUUUAAUUAUCUUUUUUUUUUUU